GGAGCGCUUCCCGAGGGAGCGCCCCUUCCCAGCCCCCUUUUCCAUGGGAAUGCCCCUUCCCAGCCCUGCUUCCCAUGGGAACGUCCAUUCCCAGCCCCGCUUCCCGAGGGAAUGUCCAUUCCCAGCCCCGCUUCCCGAGGGAAUGCCCCUUCCCAACCCCCUUUUUCAUAGGAAUGCCCCAUUCCCAGCCCCGCUUCCCGAGGGAGCGCCCCUUCCCAACCCCCUUUUUCAUAGGAAUGCCCCUUCCCAGCCCUCCUUCCCAUGGGAACGUCCAUUCCCAGCCCCGCUUCCCGAGGGAAUGCCCCUUCCCAACCCCCUUUUUCAUAGGAAUGCCCCUUCCCAGCCCUGCAUCCCAUGGGAAUGUCCAUUCCCAGCCCCCUUUUCCAUGGGAAUCCCCAUUCCCAGCCCCGCUUCCCAUGGGAAUCCCCAUUCCCAGCCCUGCUUCCCAUGGGAACGUCCAUUCCCAGCCCCGCUUCCCGAGGGAAUGCCCCUUCCCAACCCCCUUUUUCAUAGGAAUGCCCCUUCCCAGCCCUGCUUCCCAUGGGAACGUCCAUUCCCAGCCCCGCUUCCCGAGGGAAUGCCCCUUCCCAACCCCCUUUUUCAUAGGAAUGCCCCAUUCCCAGCCCUGCUUCCCGAGGGAAUGCCCCUUCCCAACCCCCUUUUUCAUAGGAAUGCCCCUUCCCAGCCCUGCAUCCCAUGGGAAUGUCCAUUCCCAGCCCCCUUUUCCAUGGGAAUCCCCAUUCCCAGCCCCGCUUCCCAUGGGAAUCCCCAUUCCCAGCCCUGCUUCCCAUGGGAAUCCCCAUUCCCAGCCCCGCUUCCCGAGGGAAUCUCCAUUCCCAACCUCCUUUUCCACGGGAAUGCCCCUUCCCAGCCCCACUUCCCAUAGGAAUCGCUGUUCGCAGCCCUGCUUCCCAUGGGAAUGUCCCUUCCCAACCCUGCUUGCCAUGGGAAUGUCCAUUCCCAGCCCCGCUUUCCACAGGAAUCCCCGUUCCCAACCCCCUUUUCCAUGGGAAUGUCCAUUCCCAGCCCCGCUUUCCACAGGAAUCCCCGUUCCCAACCCCCUUUUCCAUGGGAAUGUCCAUUCCCAGUCCCCUAUUCCACCAGAAUCCCCGUUCCCAGCCCCAUUUUCCAUGGGAAUGUCCAUUCCCAGCCCCGCUUCCUUCGGGAAUGUCCCUUGCCAACCCUCCUUUCCACAGGAAUCCCCAUUCCCAGCCCCGCUUCCCAUGGGAAUGUCCAUUCCCAGCCCCCUUUCCCACAGGAAUGCCCCUGCCCAGCCCCCUUUUCCAUGGGAAUCCCCGUUCCCAACCCCCUUUUCCAUGGGAAUGUCCAUUCCCAGCCCCCUUUUCCAUGGGAAUGCCCCUUCCCAGUCCCCUAUUCCACCAGAAUCCCAGUUCCCAGCCCCUUUUUCCAUGGGAAUGCCCCUUCCCAACCCCCUUUCCCACAGGAAUUCUCGUUCCUAACACCUUUUUCCAUGGGAAUGUCCAUUCCCAACCCCCUUUCCCACAGGAAUUCUCGUUCCUAACACCUUUUUCCAUGGGAAUGUCCAUUCCCAGCCCCCUUUCCCACAGGAAUGCCCCUGCCCAGCCCCCUUUUCCAUGGGAAUGUCCAUUCCCAGCCCCCUUUCCCACAGGAAUGCCCCUGCCCAGCCCCCUUUUCCAUGGGAAUCCCCGUUCCCAGCCCCCUUUUCCAUGGGAAUGUCCAUUCCCAGCCCUGUUUUCCACGGGAAUGCCCCGUUCCCAGCCCUGUUUUCCACGGGAAUGCCCCUUCCCAGCCCCCUUUUCCAUGGGAAUCCCCAUUCCUGCACCCCCAUUAUCCCAUAGAAAUCUCCCACUUUUCCCCUCUUUUCCCCAUAUCCCGAUCCCAACGGGAAAAUGAGAUGGGAAAAAUAAUGGGAAAAGUGGGGAUUUUGGGGGUUUUCCCAUGGAUUUCUGGGGUGUUUUCCAUGCAUUUUGGGGUGUUUUCCCAUG